AGUUUCCCUGCCCUUCUGCUGCUCCCAGGCGGGACUUGAGAGCUGGGUCCAGCAGCUCUACAGAAAAGGAGACAGGGACACAAGACAAAAUACACCGAAAAAUCAAAAUCUGCAGCCAUUUGCAGCUAGCCCCGAGGUGCAGGAGAACAGACAGGUUCAUGGCUCUCCCAUGCUCUGAGAGGAUUUUGCUCUGACCACAGACCCCUGGCUGAGCCAGGACUACAUUUUGCUGCUACAGUGUCUCCAAGCUAGUCCACAGGCCCUUGGCCACGUAUCACCAUGGGCAGUGUCAGCAGCCUCAUCUCAGGCCACAGCUUCCACAGCAAGCAUUGUCGUGCCUCACAGUACAAGCUGCGCAAAUCCUCCCACUUGAAGAAGCUCAACCGGUACUCAGAUGGGCUGCUGAAAUUUGGCUUCUCCCAGGACUCAGGACGUGGCAAGUCCAGCUCCAAAAUGGGAAAAAGCGAAGACUUCUUCUACAUUAAGGUCAGCCAAAAGGCCCGAGGCUCCCAUCACCCAGACUACACAGCCCUAUCCAGUGGGGACAUGGGGGGUCAGGCUGGAGUAGAUUUUGACCCAGCCACCCCACCUAAGCUCAUGCCUUUCUCCAAUCAGCUAGAAAUGAGCUCUGAUAAGGGGGCAGUGAGGCCCACUGCCUUCAAGCCUGUGCUGCCACGGUCAGGAGCCAUUCUCCACUCUUCACCCGAGAGCGCCAGCCACCAGCCUCACCCCAUGCCUCCAGACAAGCCCAAGGAACAGGAGCUGAAGCCAGGCCUGUGCUCAGCGGCACUGUCUGACUCAGGCCGGAACUCCAUGUCUAGCCUGCCCACACACAGCACCACCAGCAGCUACCAGCUGGAUCCUCUGGUCACCCCUGUGGGGCCUACCAGCCGUUUUGGGGGUUCAGCCCACAACAUUACACAAGGCAUUAUCCUUCAGGACAGUAAUAUGAUGAGCCUAAAGGCUCUGUCAUUCUCUGAUGGGGGCAGCAAGCUGGCUCACCCAAGCAAGGUAGACAAGGGCUCCUCAUGCGUGCGUUCCCCACUCUCCACGGACGAGUGCACCAUCCAGGAGCUGGAGCACAAGCUGCGGCAGAGGGAAAGCGCGCUGCACAAGCUACAGCGCAGUUUCGAUGAGAAGGAGUUUGUCUCUGGUCAGACCUUUGAGGAGCGGCCAAGGCGAACCAGGGACGAGCUGGAGUGCAUGGAACCUAAGGGCAAGCUGAAGCCAGCCUCUCAGAAGACCCAGCGCACACAGCAGGUUCUCCAGCUGCAGGUGUUACAGCUGCAGCAGGAGAAACGGCAGCUACGGCAGGAGCUCGAGAGCCUCAUGAAGGAGCAGGAUCUGCUGGAGACCAAGCUGAGGUCCUACGAGCGGGAGAAGACCAACUUCGCCCCUGCACUGGAGGAGACCCAGUGGGAGGUGUGCCAGAAGUCAGGUGAGAUCUCUCUUCUGAAGCAACAGCUCAAAGAGUCCCAGAUAGAGGUGAACACUAAGGCCAGCGAGAUCCUCAGUCUGAAGGCACAGCUGAAGGACACUCGGGGCAAGCUGGAGGGCAUGGAGUUGAAGACACAGGACUUGGAGAGUGCCCUGCGCACCAAGGGGCUGGAGUUGGAGGUCUGUGAGAAUGAAUUGCAGCGCAAGAAGAAUGAGGCAGAACUGCUGAGAGAGAAGGUGAACCUUUUGGAGCAGGAGCUGCUGGAGCUGCAGGCCCAGGCUGCCCUGCAUCGAGAAGCUGCAUCCCUGGGGCCUCUGGGGGUGGGGCCUACUUUCUCAGAGGACAUCCCUGCCCUGCAGCGGGAGCUGGAGCGACUGCGGGCUGAGCUGAAGGAGGAGAGGCAAGGCCAUGACCAGAUGUCCUCAGGCUUCCAGCAUGAGCGCUUGGUGUGGAAGGAAGAGAAAGAGAAAGUGAUCCAGUACCAAAAGCAGCUGCAACAGAGCUAUUUGGCCAUGUACCAGCGCAACCAGCGUCUAGAGAAGGCCCUGCAGCAGCUGGCCCGUGGGGAUGGUGCAGGGGAGCCCUUUGAGAUUGACCUGGAGGGAGCUGACAUUCCCUAUGAGGACAUCAUAGCCACUGAGAUCUGAGGGGCUGCCUAGGGGACAGAGGGUUGGCGACUGGACCCCAGAAGGCAGGGAGAGCUAAACCUGUUCCAAGAGAGAAGUCAGCUCUGGGGCCCAGACUCCUCAGUGGUGGGUAGGGGUCACGACAUAGCCUUUCCUCCCCUCUUGCCUUUUUUAGUCUAACUAACCCUGCUUCUUAUUGGACCUUGAUCUCUGAACCCUGAACUCUCCUGGAGAUGUGUUCAGGGAGCUCCAUGGAUUGGUUGAUGUUUCCUUCAACUUGGGUCUCAUUCGAAGUAGUGAGACAGGCAGUCCAUCAGGCACUGGGGCAACUGCCAUACAGGCCAAAUGGCCACCCAAGGGCAGAAACAUCUUCUCUGUCAUCCCCAAACCCCUGUCACCCCCUAGGCAUAUUGGAAUGCCUUGAGAUAGAAAGAAGCCAUGUGUAACCAGAAGCCUUGGACACUAUUCACUGUAGCCUGUUCUCUGACUGUGGAGGUGGAGGGGUUAGGUUGCCACACAGUAUAGUCAGCAAGCCAUGGGAGGAGGGGUGGUGGUGGACAGUUCUGCAUUACAGAGCUGUCACAGGUCUCCCAGAGGUCAGAGUAGAGGUGAAGGGAAAGACCCAUGGCAGACAUUGAGAUUCAAAGUCUAAAAUGAACUGCACAGCCCCUUUACCCUCAGUGAUCACUCUUUUUAAAGCCAUAGAUAUUGGGGCCCCUGGUGGGAUGCACGGAAAUGACAUGAGGCAUAGCUUCCCAGCUGUUCCUGGGGAGCCUCCUACUUGGUCUAACUGAGGCAAGGCCCCAGGGGCUUCCCUGAAUGGUUCAGUUGGCCAGCAGCCAAUAUAGAAUGCCCCCCCAUAUCACUCUUGCUUGGAUCCAGAAUAAUCCAUCCACUUAGAUAGUAUACGUGGGAGCUGGGCAUUAAGCCUCCCUUGCCUGUAGCCCUAAUCAGCAGCAUCUCUUCCCCUACAGCAUCUUCAGAGCUAUGUUAGGACUUUGCAUAGAUUGGGAAGGGUCACCAGUGCUGAGUGGGCUGCAGUCCAGGGUUGGGGGUUUGAUACAAGGCACAUGCACAGAGUCUACUCCCACCACAUGUAGCCCCAUGCUGUAAAGAUUCAGUCUAGAGAACAGCAAGUGAACCUGUGGGACUUGUCUUUUGAAGAUUAUCUAGUGCUAGGGACAGAGGGAAGUACAGUUGCUUGGUUCAAGGGAUUAUCUUCUUCUCUUCCCUCCCAGCUCCCAUUCUGUAUUUCCAAAGCAAGCCAGAAUAAGCAGGCAGCCAGGCUGCUCCAUAUUCUAUUUUUGGCUCUUACCACAGCUGUUGUUGGUAGGACACCCAGCCCUUGCUGGAUUCCUGAGCCAUGUGCUUGCCUGGUGGGCGGGACCCAGGGAAUAGGAGAUACAAGGGAGGGUCUGGGUGCUUGGCAGUCCAGGAAUUAACCCUUCUACCUCCCUAAUGCUGGCCCCUAGAGUCCCUAGGUGGACCCUGUCUUUCCAGGGGCUUUCUUCCCUUCCUAGUGUCUGCAGACUACAUGCCUCCCCUGUAGAUGGCUCUGCUGUCUGAUCCGAGGGUAGGGCUUGGCCUCUCUCCAGCUGACUUCCAAUGUCCUCUGAUCUACCAUUGCCCAUAGUCACAUGCUCAAUUUAAACCUGGAAUUUACAGGCCAAAGAUGAUAGCACACACACACACCCCACUUGCAGAGUCAUACCCUCCACUGGGCACAGGUCCACAGUCCAGUUAAAAAGAAAUCAUGGCCCUCGGUCCUUUGUUCUCUACCAGUCUGUGCCUUUUUUGACUCCUCCUUCCCACUGAGACUGUCCAACAGAGGGAGAACAAGAUGGAGGUUAGCUGUCCCUCCCUAGACUGAAGGUCCCCACCCCCUGAAAGAACAGCCAGAAGUCCAGGGCUGUGCCAUGGAGUCCUUGUUCAGGAAGACAUGGGUGCCAUGCCUGGGGCAGGCACACAGGCACAAAGCUUGUACUCUGUAUCUGUGUCAGGUGCCUUCUACUCACAGGGAGUUCUCCCCAUGUCACUGCCCAAUGGUCCUACCCCAGGUCAUCUUUGAGACCUUUGUCUGGGACUUGUCCAACAAUCAACGUGGCAGAUACCCACCCAAGAUGCUAACAGCCCCAGAUCCCAGGGUAACUCCAAGAUGCAAAUGUGCUGUAACCCAGUAGACUUUCCUUCUUGUGGGCUUCUUGAGGGUAAAGUACCCUCACUCUCUGUGGUCCAUGCUCGUGUUGGGAGGCUCAGAUUGAACAGCCAUUGAGUGGGGAUGGGAUGUGUAGGUUCAGGUCAGACAAGUAAGCCUGCUGUGGUUUGCCUUUCAGAACCAUGCUGUUCCCCAGAGGUGUCUGGUCUGGGAAUGCUGCUGUUCCCCUUGCUCACUUCUAUUCUCUUUAGGUGCCCUUAAGCUUCAGCAGGAGACCAUUUGGAGGACUGGCCAUCUCUCCUCUGAAAAAAAAAAGAUGCUUGCUGAUCCUCUUGUCCCUGGCUCUAGCUUGGCUGUGUCUCUGGUGAGAGAGAUGUCCAAGGGAAAGCCAGGCUGGACCAGAGAUUUCCCUAGGACCUGAGCUCUCCUCAGAUGCCACGUAACAGACCGCAGCACCCCUCAAUGGCACCUGCUUUCCCCUUUGACCACUCUGGAGCCCUUGGCAGAGACUGGUUUCUAAGGGAUUGGCAUUUUGAAGACUAUGUACAUAGUUAUUUUUCUCUCCCUUGUUUGUGGUUUGCUUUGCUCUCGAUGGCUUCAUCUUGUUUUAUUUUCAAAGUUCUUUGUUGGCUCUGUAAACUAUUUCUGGUAAUUUUAUGUUUUUAUUUAUGAAUAAAGAAUGCCAUUUUUCAUGUC